UUGGGAUUUGCGAGUUAGUACGUUCUUUGCCGGGGUUCACACACAAACGUCGAAACCAGCUCCGGAAUGCGAUUUCUGUUAUUAUUUACCGGACUUUUGGCUCUUGGUAGUGCCUUCAAUUUGGCAGGUGUGCCAUUAAGUUUUACCGAAGAUGAUGCAGUGCUUUCAUUGAUAUCAGAUGAAGUCGCCCGUAAAUUCGCCAAAGAGCUUAAAGCUUACGUGAAAACUGGCGUCCAGUCGGAGGUAUUUCAACAGAUCUCCAAGCAAUUGGCCGCCACACACUCACAGAAAGAUAUUUUCACACGUAAUAUCGCCGACUUGGGUGCCGCCGAUCAAUUUGUCGUUUGCACGACAUGUCGUGCCACAUUGUCGGUGCUGGGCGAUAUGUUUCGUGAACCCGACGGUGAGUUAAAUGGACCAAAUGCAGAUGAGGUAGCGAAGAAAGUAAUGCUGGAUGUUUGCAAACGCCUAAAUUUACAAACUGAAGAAGUCUGUGCUGGACUAUUCGACUUGAAUUGGGCCUCCUUGAAUUAUAUCAUACAGAAUACUGUGGCCGAGACCCGCAGCCUAUGUGGCAUAUUGCCAAUCAGUUUUUGUCAAGUGAAACAGAAUGAAUUCAAUUUCACACUAACGAUCGAUGGCAAUACUGCUGGCGUUGAUGGCCCGAAAAGCAAUAUACCCGCUAAGAGUGAUGCAGAUUUGAAAAUAGUCCAGUUGACCGAUAUACAUUAUGAUCCUGAAUAUGAACCUGGUUCUUUAGCUGAUUGUCCAGAGCCGAUGUGCUGUCAACGUAGCUCAGCAGCCGCUACGAUUGAAACUAGUAAACAGGCUGGUUACUGGGGUGACUAUCGUGAUUGUGAUACACCGUUACAUCUGAUCGAGAAUACAUUCGAACACAUCCGGGAGACCCACGAGCAGAUUGAUUAUAUUUAUCAUACAGGCGAUGUUGUGCCGCAUAUAUACUGGGCCACAACGAAGGAUGGAAAUAAGGAUGUACUAACGAAAAUAAAUCAAUUGAUUGAGGAAAAGUUCGAUGGUAUACCCGUAUACCCGAAUGUAGGCAACCACGAAUCGCAUCCAUCGAAUGUCUUUGGCGCUGCCGAUGCUCCGGACGAAUUAAACGUCAAGUGGCUUUACGAACAUCUCUGGUCGAUUUGGUCUCGUUGGUUGCCGACUGAUGCCGAACAGACUGUGCUCAAAGGCGGUUAUUAUACCGCUUCGCCCAAACAAGGCUUCCGUAUAAUCUCAAUAAACAGCAACGAAUGUUAUCUCUGGAACUGGUGGGUCUAUCUUAACGGUAGCAUUGUGGUUGAGCAACUGCAAUGGUUGCACGAUACUUUGCUCGCUGCCGAGAAGGCUGGUGAAUAUGUGCACAUAUUGACCCACAUACCAUCCGGUGAUGCGGACUGUUGGACCGUGUGGGCGCGUGAAUUCAAUCGCAUUAUAGAACGUUUCAACCACAUAAUUGGUGGUAUCUUCUCUGGACAUACGCAUGUGGAUGAGUUGAAUGUGCAUUAUACGUCGAAGGGUCAUGCAGUGAGUGUAUCAUGGAAUGGGGGCAGUUUAACGACUUACUCCAACAAGAACCCAAACUAUGUGAUAUAUCAGGUCGAACCAGAGAGUCUGCAAGUUGUUGAUUAUGAAACUUGGAUUUUCGACUUAGAGAAGGCAAACGCACAAGGAUCGAGCGCCAAGCCUGAGUGGUUUAAGGAAUACAGCAUCACUGAAUUCACAAGUGAUCUAAGUCCAGCCGGCUUAGAUGCGCUUUUGGAUCAACUAGCUGAAAACCCAAAACUCUUAGAAAAGUUUUGGCAAUACAAGCACACCUCAGCUAAUCCACGUUUAGAUGAUGGUUGCGAUAAUAAAUGCUUGUCUAAAACGCUAUGUCGGAUGGCAGUAACUGUUUUUGAUCAGAAGACGCGCUGCAAUCAAUUAAAAGCGAAAUUGGAAAGCAAUCUACCUGCGGUGACCACUGAAAGCCCAACAACUACAUCAAGCCCAACAACUGCGUCAAGCCCUGGAACACCAACAACACAGGGCCCAAUUACCACAGAAAAACCCGAGGGCGGUACAGCGACUUCAAUUUCUGGUGUCCAACUAACAACCAUGGCAGCAAUUCUACUUGUUGCUCGAUUCCUUUACUAAACUCCCUAUACACCAUUCAUUAUAAGAAUUUAAGGUUAGAAUCAUUAAAUGUUUUGUAAUA